UACAGGAGAAAUUCGCUGUUUAGAUCAUGCCUGAAACCACCGUGAAAGCGCCCAAGAAGGGCUCAAAGAAAGCCGUGUCUAAGAGCGUCAGCAAGAGCGGCAAGAAGAAGAGAAGGACCAGGAGGGAGAGCUACGCCAUCUACGUGUACAAGGUGCUGAAGCAGGUCCACCCCGACACCGGCAUUUCGUCCAAGGCCAUGGGCAUCAUGAACUCUUUUGUGAGCGACAUCUUUGAGCGCAUCGCCGGUGAGGCCUCCCGUCUGGCUCACUACAACAAGCGCUCCACCAUCACUUCCAGGGAGAUCCAGACCGCCGUCCGCCUGCUGCUGCCCGGUGAGCUGGCCAAGCACGCCGUGUCUGAGGGCACCAAGGCCGUCACCAAGUACACCAGCUCCAAGUAAACAGUCUUGUUGCCUCUGAGACUAAACCAACGGCUCUUUUAAGAGCCACCCACUUUAUCUGAAGAUCAAUCCUGUUGUAGUGAUGAUACAUUUAUGAAAAACUUAUACCAGGCCAAUUCUAUACAUGUGUAUACAUGCCAAAUACGAUUUUUAUGGUACACAUGAGGGGCCGUACAAGCCAUAAUUCAUUCUGGCCCUCUUACACACAUACAUUCUCUCACAUUUAUACAUUUUCACUCACACAUUCAUAUAUUUUUCACAUAAAACCAAACGAAGAAGAAUAAUUUAUCGAGCUGUGAUUGGUUGAGAAGGAUGUUUUUUUUUUUUUCUCAAAGUUUUAUUUGCAAAUAUGAGUUUAAACAAACACAUGACAGAAAAUCAUUGAACAUUUAACAGACCAGGGGUACUAGAGUUCAUUGCCAGUCUUUUCAAAACUCAAAUUAAAUGUACAGACUUUAUCAGGUUGUCUUUGCAGCUUUGUUGUUGUUAACACAUUCAAGUUUGGUGCCGUAUUGCUGGAGUUCAACAAUGAAACGACGAAAGCAGGGUUUAGAGCCAGACCAUUUUGAUUUGUGUAUAUGAGACUUUCCAAGAAUAAUUAGAAGUUGUAUAAUGUAGGCAGUGUUGUUCUCCAUCCUACUGAAAGUAAAAUAUAGAAUCACAUCAAACACAGUAAAAUUUACAGUGGUAUUCAUUUUUCCAUUUACAAAGUCUUGCAUAUCAUUCCAAAACUUCUUUGAAUGGUGACAAUGAUAAAACAGAUGAAAUAACGUUUCUUUGUCAACAUUACAGAAAGUACAAGAGUAGUCUAUGUUUAACUUAAAUCUCUCCAAGACCUCCUUAGCGGGAUAAAUUCGGUGUAACACUUUGUAGGAUACUUCUUUCACUUUAUUACUAAUGCAAUAUUUAUUUAAAACACUACAGGCUUUUUUCCACUGUAAAUUGCUCAUAAUAGACGACCAGAAGAAUUUUGCUGCAGGGGCUGCAGUAUAGUUCAAUGCGUUUCUAAUGUGUCUGUUACCGCAAGGUUUAUCCUGAACAUUGAUAUCUCCAAUAAAAAUCUGCCUAGAACUAAAUGAGUAGGUUUCUGUUAGGUUACAGUUCUUUAAAAAUAGAAGUGAACCGGCAGGAAUUGCAUUGAAGAUAACACCAUAUUCUUUAGGUGUGAUUGUUAUCCUGAAUUUCUGAAUAAAUUCUGAAAAUGACAUUAACACCCCAUUCUUAUUUAAUAAUUGACAUACAAGCAAAAUUCCAUUGUCAUACCAUGAACGAUAAAACAGGGAUUUUCUUUUGUGUAGAAUAUCCUUGUUAUUCCAAAUAUAGUACCGAUGAGGACUGAAGUUGUGCUUAUAAACUAAUAACCACGCUAAGAGAGCUUGCUUGUGAAAAUUAGCUAAACUAACUGGGAUUUUAUCAAUGGAGAAAUUGCAUUUCAAUAAAAAAUCAAUACCACCAAUCGAAUUAAAUAAAUAUGAUGGGAAAGCAUACCAUAUACUGUCGGGAUUCUUUAGGAAUUCAAUAAGCCAUUUAACUUUAAACGUAUUAUUUAAUAAACUAAAGUCCAAGACCUCAAGACCCCCUUGUUCCCUACUACCUUUGAUUGUUUCUUUUUUGAGAUAAUGGGUUUUUUUCC